UGGGUGGGCCGGAGCUUCGGGUCCAACGCGGCACUUCCGGGACAGUGUGGGGUGACGUGUGACGGGCGGCCGGGAAGAUGCUGACCAAGUUCGAGACCAAGUCUGCCCGGGUGAAGGGCCUGAGCUUCCACCCUAAGAGGCCAUGGGUCCUCACCAGCCUGCACAAUGGCGUCAUCCAGCUGUGGGAUUACCGCAUGUGUACCCUCAUAGACAAGUUCGAUGAACACGAUGGCCCGGUCCGGGGUAUUGAUUUUCAUAAGCAGCAGCCUCUGUUUGUCUCUGGAGGAGAUGACUACAAAAUCAAGGUCUGGAAUUAUAAGCUCCGACGCUGUCUGUUCACCCUGCUGGGUCACCUGGAUUAUAUCCGCACCACCUUCUUCCAUCAUGAAUACCCGUGGAUUCUCAGCGCCUCCGAUGAUCAAACCAUCCGGAUCUGGAACUGGCAGUCUCGCACUUGUGUCUGCGUCCUGACGGGUCACAACCAUUACGUCAUGUGCGCCCAGUUCCACCCAUCGGAAGAUCUGGUAGUCUCUGCCAGUCUGGACCAGACAGUGCGCGUUUGGGAUAUUUCUGGCCUGCGCAAAAAGAACCUUUCUCCAGGAGCGGUGGACUCCGAUGUGCGUGGACUCACAGGAGUGGAUUUGUUUGGGACCACCGACGCAGUGGUGAAACAUGUUCUGGAGGGUCACGAUCGUGGUGUGAACUGGGCCGCCUUCCACCCUACCAUGCCUCUCAUUGUAUCGGGAGCUGAUGACAGGCAGGUGAAGAUCUGGAGAAUGAACGAAUCCAAGGCCUGGGAAGUGGACACUUGCCGUGGACAUUACAACAACGUCUCCUGCGCCGUCUUCCACCCCCGACAGGAGCUGAUCCUGAGCAACUCCGAAGAUAAGAGCAUCCGCGUCUGGGAUAUGUCCAAGAGAACCGGAGUCCAGACCUUCCGCCGAGACCACGAUCGCUUCUGGGUUCUGGCUGCUCACCCCAACCUCAACCUUUUUGCAGCAGGACAUGACGGAGGAAUGAUCGUGUUCAAGUUGGAACGGGAAAGGCCAGCCUACGCCGUCCACGGGAACAUCCUGUACUACGUAAAGGACCGCUUCCUCCGCCAACUGGAUUUCAACAGCUCAAAGGAUGUGGCCGUCAUGCAGCUCAGAAGUGGCUCCAAGUUCCCAGUGUUCAACAUGUCCUAUAACCCAGCUGAAAACGCCGUACUGCUCUGCACGAGGGCCAGCAACCUGGAGAACAGCACUUAUGACCUGUACACCAUCCCUAAGGACUCCGACUCUCAGAACCCUGAUGCUCCUGAAGGGAAGCGCUCCUCUGGGCUGACCGCGGUCUGGGUGGCUCGCAAUAGAUUCGCCGUCCUGGAUCGCAUGCAUUCCAUCCUUAUUAAGAACCUGAAGAACGAGAUCACUAAAAAAGUUCAGGUGCCAAACUGCGAUGAGAUUUUCUACGCCGGCACUGGGAACCUGCUUCUCCGCGACGCUGACUCCAUCACGCUGUUCGAUGUUCAGCAGAAACGAACACUGUCUUCUGUGAAGAUCGCUAAAGUCAAAUACGUCAUCUGGUCUUCUGACAUGUCUCACGUGGCCCUGCUGGCUAAACAUGCAAUCAUGAUCUGCAACAGAAAGCUGGAAUCUCUGUGUAACAUUCACGAGAACAUUCGUGUGAAGAGCGGAGCGUGGGAGGAGAGCGGUGUCUUCAUCUACACCACCAGCAACCACAUCAAAUACGCCCUCACCACCGGUGAUCACGGCAUCAUUCGUACUCUGGAUCUGCCCAUCUACAUCACCCGUGUGAAGGGUAACAACGUUUACUGUCUGGACCGGGAAUGUCGCCCGCGGGUGCUCACCAUUGACCCCACAGAAUUCAAAUUCAAAAUGGCCCUGAUUAACAGGAAAUACGAUGAGGUGCUGCACAUGGUGAGAAACGCCAAGCUGGUAGGACAGUCGAUCAUUGCCUACUUGCAGAAGAAGGGUUACCCCGAGGUGGCGUUGCACUUUGUGAAAGACGAGAAGACGCGAUUUAGCCUGGCUCUGGAGUGCGGCAAUAUUGAGAUUGCGUUAGAAGCCUCGAAGGCUCUGGAUGACAAGAGCUGCUGGGAGAAGCUGGGCGAGGUGGCUCUGCUGCAGGGCAACCAUCAGAUCGUGGAGAUGUGCUACCAGCGCACCAAGAAUUUCGACAAGCUCGCCUUCCUUUACCUCAUCACCGGGAACCUGGAGAAACUGCGAAAGAUGAUGAAGAUCGCGGAGAUCCGUAAGGACAUGAGCGGGCAGUACCAGAAUGCCCUCUUCCUGGGAGACAUUGAUGAGAGAGUGAGGAUCCUUAAGAACUGCGGGCAGAAGUCUCUGGCUUAUCUCACCGCCGCCACACACGGCAUUACGGAUGAAGAAGACAAACUGCGGGAAUCCUUCGAACCAGAGAAAGAAAUAAUUCCAGAAGUAGACCCAGAUGCCAAACUGCUGCUCCCACCUCCUCCAGUUAUGCCGCUGGACACCAACUGGCCUCUGCUGACCGUUUCCAAGGGCUUCUUUGAAGGAUCCAUAGCAAGUAAAGCCAAAGGUAUGGCGGCAGACAUUGAUGUGGACACUGUGGGAGGAGAAGGUUGGGGAGAAGAUGCAGAGCUUCAGCUGGAUGAAGAUGGCUUUGUGGAUGCGGGAGAGGCAUUUGGAGACGAGGCUCCUGGAAAAGGACAUGAAGAAGGAGGCGGAUGGGACGUGGAAGAAGAUCUGGAGCUUCCCCCUGAACUGGAUGUUCCCUCUGGCCAGUCUGGAACCGGAGAAGAUGGCUUCUUUGUGCCACCCACCAAAGGCAGCAGCCCGGGACAGUUGUGGUGCAACAACUCCCAGCUUCCCGUGGAUCACAUCUUGGCGGGUUCACUGGAAACGGCAAUGCGGCUCCUCCAUGAUCAGGUGGGAGUGGUGAACUUCAGUCCAUACAAGCAGCAUUUCCUCCAUACCUUCUCCCGAGGACGCAGCACCUUCCAGGCUCUGCCGGGGCUUCCUGCCAUGUACGGCUACCCACAGCGCAACUGGAAGGACGCGGGAUUGAAGAACGGCCUUCCCGCGGUCGGUCUGAAGCUCAGCGAUCUCAUCCAGCGGCUGCAGCUGUGCUACCAGCUCACCACGACCGGCAAGUUUGAAGAGGCGGUGGAGAAGUUCCGCUUAAUCCUGCUCAGCGUCCCCCUUCUGGUGGUGGACAACAAGCAGGAGAUCUCCGAGGCUCAGCAGCUGAUCACCAUUUGCAGAGAAUAUAUUGUGGGUCUCUCCAUGGAAAUCGAGCGAAAGAAACUUCCCAAAGACACCCUGGAGCAGCAGAAGAGGAUCUGUGAGAUGGCAGCCUACUUCACACACUCCAACCUGCAGCCCGUCCACAUGAUCCUGGUGCUGAGAACGGCCGUCAAUCUCUUCUUCAAACUCAAGAACUUCAAAACGGCCGCAGUGUUCGCCAGGCGGCUGCUGGAACUGGGGCCCAAGCCCGAGGUGGCGCAGCAGACUCGUAAGAUCCUGGCAGCGUGUGAGAAGAGUCUCACCGACACGUACCAGCUCAACUACGACAUGCACAACCCCUUCGACAUCUGUGCCGCCUCAUACAAGCCCAUCUACCGGGGGAAGCCGGUGGAGAAAUGCCCGCUCAGCGGCGCCUGCUACAGCCCGGAGUACAAAGGACAGAUCUGCCGAGUCUCCACGGUGACGGAAAUUGGAAAAGAUGUGAUUGGUCUGCGGAUCAGCCCCCUCCAGUUCCGUUAAGAUCCCCUCCCCCCCUCCUUAUAUAUUACUGUUCUUAUAUAGUAGUUUUGUUCCCAGCUCAGCACGGAGCUUCUCGCGUCUUUUGUAACACGGGUGGCGGCGGUGACCACCCAACCGGACCAUAGAAAGACGCCGCUGAAGAUCUUCUCACGUUCUGUUUCGUUAUUGCAAGUGAAAUAAAAUCAAUUGAAAUCUUA